UUUUCCUUCUCGCAAAACCCCAAUUCUAUAUUUCUAUAAAUUCUGUAUGGGCCUCCAAGUACCUUUGUUUAUCUCUCUCGUCGCCUUGCCGACUUCAAUCCUUGAUCCUUCCAUCAAUCACGCAGUGUCCUGUCUCUCUCCGCCGGUUCGCCUCUCUCUCCCUCCCUUCAUUCUCUGUGUGCACGUUCUUUUAUUUUGUCAAAUAUGCUGAUAAAUCCCAUUCUAUAUGAAUUAACUUUGGCAUUUGAAAUUGCGUCAGAUUUAUAAUUGGGAAUUAGGAAAUUUUUCUGAUGAACUUCCGAGCCAAUUUUUUUAGGUUAGUCGAAUGAUUUUGUUUGGGAAGCGUGCAAGGGGACCAUUGUUCGUUCAUUUUCCUUUUUAAUUAGAUGUGUUAGUGAAGUCCUGUUUAGUGGUUAACUUUGGUAUUCUCAAAUAGUAUUGAGGUGGUGGGUUGAUUGUUCUUUGCCUAACUGGGAAAUGCUCCUCAGUUGUAUUUCUUUCCUACUUUGUAUUAGUGCCGGGAAAUGGUUGAGUGCAUUUUCUAUAUGAAUGAGAUACAUAGGAAGCGAACGUGAAACACUUAUUUGUAUUAUCAGGUGGUCUCUCAUCGUGUGGACUUGUUUGGACAAUUCACCCGAGUGUUUGGGCCUUUUUUUUUUCUUUUUUUGAUGAGGGGAUGGGGGAUUGGGUAUUGAAAUUGAGUCCUAACAAGAUUCAAUUAAUGCACUUAACGCCGGUCAAAGCAGGAUAAUUUCUCAACAAAGAAAAGGGUAUGAGGUUCAGAUUCUCAAAUAAUUUGCUGGGCAAGAAGAAAUGUUUACAAAUAAUCGGAGGCAGGAAGAACGAACUGGAAAAUAUGGAACUCCAAGGCUCCAAUACCUUCAGGAAUUAGUGAGCCAGUUUCAGAGUGCAACUGAUGAAGAAACCAAGGAGAGAAUUGUUGCUAACUUGGCAAACUUUGCUUAUGAUCCUUACAAUUAUGCAUUCUUACGCCAGCAGCUCAAUGUUUUGGAACUCUUUAUAGAUUGCAUAACAGAGCCAAAUGAGAAGCUUGUAGAAUUUGGGGUAGGGGGUCUAUGCAAUUCUUGUGCUGAUCCAGCAAAUGGUGCAAUUGUCGCUCAGUGUGGUGGUAUACCCCUUGUUAUCCAAUGCUUAUCAAGCCCAGUCAGAAAUACAGUCAAUUAUGCUAUUGCUGCUCUUUACUAUCUUUGCAACUCAUCUAACAAGGAAGAGAUUCUAAAGCCAGAAGUUAUAGAUUGUAUCAAGAGGUUUGCUGCAGCAGAAGCAGUAAGUAUAAACUUUAGUAAUCUGGCAAAAGCAUUUCUUGACAAGCAUGUCUCUGACAAAGAGUGAGACAAGGGUUCCAUGGACCUCAUAAGGAGUGUCCAUUUUCUUUGAAAAUUGAUUUGGUUAUACAAUAUAAAGAAGUGUGGGCUUGAUGAGCUUUCGUUUAAAAUUUUAUCAAGAUUUUUUUACUCUGGUUUUGGGACCAUUGACUUUCUUGUAAUGUUUAUCUUUAUUUAAAAAGAAAAAAAAAUCCUUGUAGUGUUUGAUGUUA